AUGAGAGCAGUGCUUCCUGGAAAGGCACAGGCCAAGCUUCAAGCUGUCUGUACUGGUUAUUGGAACGACAGGAGGCUAAUAACCUACAUUACGGGAAAUGCGUUUGUCAUACUUACCGGCGCAGACGCGAUUCUACAAACGAUAUACGAUGACGACGACACUCAACUCGAAGCUAUUGCGCUGGACGAAAGCAGUGGGAAGAUAGCAACGUGUGCGGGAUCUAAUGUUCGGAUUUACAAGCCAUAUGGUCAGGAUGAAGGGGUGCUAAAGUGGUCUUUACAACAUAGCAUUUCGAUUGAUGAGAGCGGGAUUGACACAGCGAACACAUUAUCAUGGGGAAUAUCAGAAGAGUUGUUGGUCGGGAGCUCGUGGCUUACUUUGUAUUCGACAAUCGAUGCGCCAGUAGUGGUUUGGAAACAACAACUUGCGAAUCCGGUGAAGUUCGCAAAUUUCUCGUACGAUUCGGCAUUCAUUGCCUCUAGUGGAAAAUACGACAGAUUUGUGAAGAUAUGGAGGAGAUUAUCAUUUGGGAACGACGACUCAAGAUUCGAUUUUACCUACUUGCCACAUCCGCGAACAGUCACGAAUAUGCACUGGAGAAGACCGUUCCAUAUCGAUCAAACAAUUGACAAUGUGCUAUAUACAGUGUGCGCGGAUAAUUUGCUAAGGAUCUGGACGCCUACAGAUGUGCAUUCAUUGCAGAGUCUACAACUUUGGGGUCAGAUUGAUUUACAUGAAUCUAUACAACCAAGAGGAUUAGACGGGGACAGGGUGUCGAAAUUACGAUUCGCAUUUAUCAUUGAUGGGAGAGAUUUUACGGUUGCCACGGAACACGCAGUUCAAGAGAGAGCAGCGACCGACUCGAAGGAGGACCACGCCCUGGCGCAUUUAAUUGAAGUUGCAAAUCGAAAUCCGGAAAUAUGCGUUGUACUAGAUGAACAUGGACAUCUUUCUGCAUGGGGACUGGAGAAUAUUGGGUCUAAAACGAAACAACCGACGAACAUUUUUAACAUUGCACAUGUUGAUGGUCUGGAAUUGGGUUUGCCAGCGGAACUGGGCGAUGACGCAAGCUAUGUUCAGCUUUUUAAUUUCUGCAACCAUUCCGGUGGCAAUCUUAAUGUUCUAGUCCACCAUUUUGAUGGGAAAAUUGAGUUUUUCGAAGCCGAUGUAGCCAACUUAUUUGACCCUUCACCGAGGUCACACCGAUUUAAAUCGAAAGCUCUAUGGACAGGCCACUCAGCUGCCAUCAAGAAGAUUGUGCGUAAUGUCAGUGGACGAGCAGUAGUUUCGCGAACAGAUGGCAACGAAAGUAUAGUUUGGAAGCAUAUGGAACAUGCAGGUGGAACUUCAGUAUUCCGCCAAAGUAUUAUCACGCAAUCUGAACACGUCCAUAGGAUAUGCGUCAUGAGAAAGGGAAACUUCGUGAUCUAUUUACACCACGAUCACAUUACCCUAUGGGAUACUAGGCAUUCCGCAGCAGUUAAACUAGCAGAUUGUAAGUUUUCGAUCACGGGAAAACCUUUGUGCAUUCUCAUGCUACCUGAGAUUAAUAAGGAGGGUCCUAUUGCUCAUGUCGCUACGAUUACUUCCAAGAUGAAGGGUAUUGUAUGGGAGGUCAGAUUACCCCAAAGAAGGGGAAGUGCUCAGGUCAAUGGAUACCAUCAAGAAGCUUCCAUUCGCGAAUUUUGUCAAUUUGACCUUGGAAAUGAUGACGAUUUAGCCUAUGUUCUACCAGUAGACCCAGCUGGAUCCCCUCCAGUUAUCUCGGGAUUCUUAGAUACUUUUGCAAGAGAUAUUGCAAUUUCCUACACGCAUUCUGGACUGUUAAGAUCUUGGACCGCCCGGCUCGACAUCGAAAAAGAAACGGUUGACUGGCUACAGACUUGUUCAGUAGAUACAGGUAUAAGUGAACCUGGUUUAGCUAGUGGAAGCUCCAUCAGGAAAGCUGCACUUGUAAACUCAAGUAGAUCAGAAUUGACGAUUUGGGACGUCAGAGGUGCACGACUUGAGUAUUCUCAGGACUACGAAUCCCAGGAUACUAUUCAAGAUCUGGAUUGGACUUCAACGCCUGACGAUCAAUCGAUUCUUGCUGUUGGUUUCCGUUACCGCGUUAUAUUAUUGGCUCAAAUGCGAUAUGAUUAUUUAAAUAAAGGGCCAGCGUGGGCAGCAAUCCGAGAAGUCAAUAUCCGAGAUUUGACACCCCAUCCAAUUGGUGAUUCGACUUGGUUAGGAGGUGGCAACUUCAUCGUUGGCGCUGGUAACCAGUUAUUUGUUUAUGAUAAAGAGGUGGACCCGUCAGCAUCAACUUUUCUACCGCCUCGCAAAACUCCUUGGGACCUCUUCAAUAUUGUUUCGAGAUUGAACGGUCCACUCCCGGUUUAUCAUCCACAAUUCCUGAGCCAGUACAUCCUUGCCGGAAAGAAUUUAUUAGUUCAGCAUAUUCUGUUGGCACUAUAUAAGAUUCUUAAAUAUUAUAUUGAAGGUGAACCAAUCGACUCCCAUCUGGGGAUGAACAUAGAAGAUUUCUAUAUCAGCUCGGAAAAUGCACCUUCAGCUAGCAAAGGAAUCAAGUCUACAUUCGAUGGCUUCUCCGAAGAAGAUGAGGUGGAAACAGUCACAGAGAGUGUUGCGGCUGCUAUAACCGAGAAAUUGACACAGAUUGCUCUACCUCAACUUUCGAGGCAGGAGCAAAUUCAUUUGGCUGAUAUCGUUGAAUGCGUAGCUAUCGUUGAGCGUCAACGUAGAUCAAUGGAUGAUAAUGCCGCAAGAUUUAUGUUAUUCUUCAGACAACAUGUUUUACGUCGUGGCCGUGCGAACGAACUUAGUCUUUCUUGGAGGGAGAUCAAUUGGGCAUAUCAUAGUAACAGUCAGGAUAUCCUGGCCGAUAUGGUAUCACGGCAAUUCCAUGGGAGAAUGCUUUGGGAACAUGCACGAGAGAGUGGUAUCUUCAUGUGGAUGACGGAUGCAAAUGCUCUGAAAGCUCAAUUUGAAGUCAUCGCUCGAAAUGAAUAUACGAAGAGUGAUCUCAAAAAUCCUAUAGAUUGUAGCUUGUACUAUCUUGCUCUCAAGAAAAAGGCGGUACUGCAAGGUCUAUGGCGUAUGGCUGCGUGGAACCGUGAACAAGGUGCUACCACAAGACUUCUAGCAAAUAAUUUCUCGGAAAAGAAGUGGAGAACUGCUGCAAUGAAGAAUGCAUAUGCUUUGCUUGGGAAGCGUCGGUUUGAAUAUGCUGCCGCUUUCUUCUUGUUGGCCGAUUGCCUUAAAGAUGCUGUCAACGUCAUUCUGAGCCAACUCAAGGAUCUUCAAUUGGCCAUAGCAGUUACUCGUGUGUACGAAGGAGAGCAUGGACCUGUUCUCAAAGAACUUCUCGAAGAAAAGGUUCUACCAUUAGCCGCUCAAGAAGGCAACCGAUGGCUUGCAUCAUGGGCUUUCUGGAUGUUGCAUCGUCGUGAUAUGGCCGUGCGAGCUUUGAUUUCUCCGGUCUACACACUCCUCGAAACACCUCAAUCACCAGAUCUCAAUGCUAAACUCUUCCUAACUGAUGACCCCGCUCUCGUAGUUCUUUACUCACAGCUUCGACAAAAAACCCUACAAACCCUACGCGGUGCCUCAAAAGUAACACCAAAAGUCGAAUGGGCUUUCGUAUUACAUAAUUCUAGGUUGUAUGAUCGGAUGGGUUGUGAUUUGUUAGCAUUAGAUUUGGUUAGAAAUUGGGAGUUCCUUCUUCCGACUAAACCAGAUUUCAAGAGUUUUAAUGGCGAAAUUAAUCCGAGAAAGAUGCUAAGGAGGAGAAGCUCACUAGUGGUGGCAGAUUUACCGGAUAGCGGAAUUGGGAUGGGCUCUGCGGCUGAGGAUGAGAAAGACAUGCCAAAAGGACAACAAACCCACAAGCCACCGCCAACAGUCUUUGAGGAACCGGAGGCAAAUAGCUUGUUGGAUAGUUUUGGGUUUUAG